AUUUCAUGGAUCUGGUUUUUGUGCGGACACGCGUCCAGAGUGUGCUGCUGGCUGUGGAGGCAGCAAUUUAUUUUUGGCAUCUGACAUUAAGGCUCACCCUUUGCAAUGGCAGCAGCCCCUCCGAGCAGCGACAGCACCGGGCUUUGACUGCAGCUCUUUGUCCGUCCUCUGCCACUUUGUACACAGACUCGAGUGAUAAUGAUGGAUAGCCUUUAUAUCAGGGACUGAGCGACACGGGACACGAGCUGUGUUGUGGCAAAAAUACAAACCGUUGUGAGCUGUGAGAGGAGAGCAGUCGUGCAGCCUCGGUGGGUGAACCGGCAUCACAGGCACCAUGACUAGAGAGGAGGAGGUCCCUGACUCGGUGGGAGCCCAGGAGUUCUAUGACAAGUAUGAGUCCAAGGAGAUUCUGGGAAGAGGAGUGAGCAGCGUGGUGCGUCGCUGCAUCAACAAACGGACGUCUCAGGAGUACGCAGUGAAGAUCAUCGACAUCACCCCCUCGGAUAAAAUGACCCCCCAGGAGAUCGAGGAGAUCAGGGAGGCGACAGUGAAGGAGAUCGACAUCCUGAAGAAAGUCUGCGGACAGAACAACAUCAUACAGCUCAAAGACUGCUACGCAUCCAAUGCCUUCUACUUCCUGGUUUUUGACCUGAUGAAGAGGGGCGAACUUUUUGACUACCUCACAGAGAAAGUUACUCUGAGUGAGAAGGAAACCAGGAAGAUCAUGCGUGCUCUGCUGGAGGUGGUCCAGUACCUCCACAGUCAGAACAUCGUCCACCGGGACCUGAAGCCUGAGAACAUCCUCUUAGACGACGAGAUGAACAUCAAACUCACCGACUUUGGCUUCGCUGUGCAAAUCAAGCCGGGACAGAAGCUCAAAGAGGUGUGCGGGACCCCUGGUUACCUCGCUCCAGAGAUCAUCGAAUGCUCCAUGGACGGAGGGCAUGCAGGAUAUUCUACAGCUGUGGACAUAUGGAGUUCAGGCGUGAUCAUGUACACGCUGCUCGCAGGCUCUCCGCCCUUCUGGCACAGGAAACAGAUGCUGAUGCUGCGUAUGAUCUUGGCCGGGAAGUACGACUUCUCGUCUCCAGAGUGGGUGGACCGCUCAGACACUGUGAAAGAUUUGAUCUCUCGCAUGCUGGUGGUGGACCCAAAGCAGAGAUACACAGCUUCAGAUGUCCUCAACCACUCGUUCUUCUCAGAGUAUGUGGUGAAUGAAGUACGACAGUUCAGUCCAUACAGGCGGUUCAAGGUUAUCUGCAUGACUGUCCUCGCCACAAUGCGAAUCUACUGCAACUACCGCCGUGCCAAGCCUGUCACCAAGGAGGUGAUCAAGAGCGACCCGUACGCUGUCAAGCCCAUCCGCAAGCUCAUUGACGCGUGUGCGUUCAAGAUCUACGGCCACUGGGUCAAGAAGGGCCAAACUCAGAACAGAGCAGCACUUUUCGAGAACACUCCCAAGGCCAUCCUGCUGUCGCUGACUGCCGAGGCCGACGAGCCCACCCAACACAUCUGGUAACAAAGCACUUACUCCUCAGGACAGAUGUGCUGCAGGCUAACGGGGAUAUUCUGCUACUCAGCUCGGCUUAUGUACUCUUAUCUAUUGUACAAAGAAAAUGAACUGCCUGACAGGGUUAAUUCAAGUGUGUCUUUAACAAAUAGAGCAGAAUUUGCUCAUGAAAUUUGAAGUGCAUUAUUUAUUUAUUACAGUGGGCAUGAUUUACCUCAAGAAAUGUGGCAAACACCCGCAACAAUACCACUGUUCAGCACCUGCUUUCUUGUAGAUUAAAAUAGCAGAUUUGCUAAUAAAAUGGCUGUUUAGAGAAAAAAAGUCAAACGAACCCACUGUCAGCUGUAUAUGAUUAUGUGCUUAUUCUUUGAUGCCUGUCUAAAGUUAAUAGAGCCAGCAGCCAUCUCAUUUUGUUAUCAAAGAAACAGGUUUUUGUAUGCAACAGUCUCCGUAUCUCAAACGUGGACACAAAGUUUCCACCUGAUCUUGUACUGGAGGACAUAUGAACAACUUUUAAUGUUUCGUUGAAGAUUUAGAACAUAGAUUUCAAUGUUAAAUGAUAACGUCCAUAAUAUCAAUAGUGUAAAUGAUGCCCUGGAGUCCUAUGUUACAUUUGUUUUGUCAGAACUGUGAAGCCUUGGCUCAGCAGCCAGAGCAAAUCUUACGGCAAUAACCAAUUAAAUUUACCUGACUGGAAUAUUAAACAGUGAACCUGCAUACUUGAAAUGGCAUGGGCUUACAUAUUUGUGUUUAAACAUUAUGCACGAUGUACCGUUGUGAUAACAGCUUCAAGGGAGGCUGCACUUUAAAAUGUAUGCUAUGGAUUUAUUUAUUAAAAUAUACAUUCAAUUUAAAA